AUGAUACCACUAGCUAUACUUGUAAUACUUUCAUGGAUGACGCUAUCCACCGUACAACAAGUGACGGACGUUGGGUCUGAGGAGGAAGACGAAAGUGAUCCUACAGGUGAUGAUGCUUUCAGUGGUGAUCCCACUGGUGAAGAUAGCCCUAAUGACUCGGAUGACCCGAGUGACAACGAAGAUCCAACAGCACCUAUUGAUUCAUCUCCCAUCCCAAUCGAUCAACAACCCAGCGCACCAGCAAGUCCUUCAUCACCACCACCUUCUACACCUAUUGCUCCAUCAUCGGCACCAGUGCCAGCACCAGCUCCACCUAAUGCUGUAACUUCAUCCACUAUUGAGCAUGUUGCAUCUACAACAUCAACCUUGCCAUCCCAUACUUUUGAUCCUGCAGCACAAAUAGAUAAUAGUGGUAGUGCUGGUAGUGGUCAUAGUAGUAGCCCUGGUGCCAUUGCAGGUGGAAUUAUCGGUGGAUUGGUUGGUAUUGCUAUUCUCGGUGGGAUCUUUUUCCUAUGUCUACGGAAGAAACCAAUUGCAAAGGCAUCCACAGAUUUGCCACAAACAUCAUCAUCGAUGCCACCACCACCAUCACAAGCAGCUGCUUCUACUAUGCCAAUGACUGGAGCAGGUACAUCAGCAGCAGCAGCAGCAGGUACGGCGGCUAUGAACCCAUUUAAUGAUCCUGAAAAACAAUUACCACCACCACCACCUGCUCCACAACCCCAAGUCGUUGGCUUUCACGCUUGGAAUGCUGCAUCUUCCUCAGACAUGCUAGCAUCCUCUGCUGCUCACUAUACCCGAUAA